UCUCUGACUAUGAUUGUGGACUUGUUUCUUCUUGUAAUUCUAUCAGUUUUUGUUUCAUGUAAUUUGAAGAUAUUCUACUAGUAGCAAAAUGUUUAGGAUAUUUUGUUCUCUUGAUUAAUUGACAGCUUUAUUAUUAUUAAAUGACUUCUUAGCUUUGAGAAUAUUUUUUUCCUCUGAAAUCUCCUUUGCCUGAUAUUAAUAAAGCCACUCUGGCCUAUUUACUAUCACCUCUUUCCUACAGGGACAAAACCCAAAUGAGAGACUGUCUACCUAAUGAGGUAAAUGAACUGAAAAUGAUCACAUAAUUUCUCCACCUAGAAGCUGGAAGCUUGUUACGGCUGUUCAUAAAAAAAAAAAAAGAAUGCCACCAGUACUCCUCCAGGAAGAUACAUCUCUCAGAUGCAGAUCAAUCUAUUUUGAAAUGAACAAAGGGGCAAAGGUUUUUUUUGGAGAUGUUCCACAGGAGAUGAGCAUGGAAAUGAAUGCUCAGAGGGCCUUUCACACACCAAGGCGCUGCUGACUCAUUGAGCUGUGUGGAUGGAUGGGGAUACAUUCAGCCUUGCCUGUUCUCCUCUCAACUUGUUUUUGUGAUCAAGGAGAUACACUUCCAAAAUGACUAUUAGUGAUUAUUUUAGCGGUGGGAUCCCGAAGUGCUGAAACAACCUACCCAAGAGCUUCCAGCCUUCAUCAGCCAUGAAGCCCACACUUGCUUUGAGCUAACUGUGGCACAUGACUGUCUGCAACCACGGUACAACAAGCUGUUUGGGGCCAAGCAGGGAAUUCUUUUGGAGAUUUCCACGGAAUUUGGGGGCUUGCCGUGGAGGUUCCUCAUGGCUGGCUUUUCUUUGCAGAGGAAUGCCUAGUCUUUGAUGUUGGCAUGUCCCUUGUGAGAAAGACCAGAGGUAAAGUGGUACCUCCAAGCAAGACCAGAAGAAUGUCAGGUGGAAGUCCCCCAAAUAUUGCAUGUUGUGUUCAGAGGAGAUGGGCAUCUGGAAACCUUGCCUGCCUUUAAAUUCUUUGUUACAUCACUGAAUAAUGGAUGAAGCUGAGAGAGAAAAAGAGAAGAGGGACGUACCUGAUGUAACUGAAAAUAAAAAGAAGGACCGGUUCAAUGCCUUCUUCACGGAACUACGUGCCAUGAUUCAAGCUCAUGGCUACCCUGUAAAAGGAGACAGAUCUAAAACAUCACAGAGGACGACUGCUGCUUCACAGGAGAAGGAAGGCAAAGUCAAUCCAGAAACCUCCAGAGAGCAAUCCAAUUGGAUUCCAUCAUUUCAUAGCUAUGAAGACUUCAAGUGUAAGACACUACAAUCAUUAGAUGGCUUUAUGAUAAUACUGAGCACAGAUGGAGUGAUAAUUUUUGUUGCUGAAAACAUCACUUGUCUCCUUGGCCAUUUACCAAAUGAGAUUAUAGGUAAAAAGUUAUUAAGUCUUCUGCCUGAUCAUGAGAAAAAUGAAGUCUACCGAAAGAUUGCUCUCAAACUUCCUUUGUCAAACUCAGUGGGAAAACAUAUUGAUUUUUGCUGUCAUUUAAAGAGAGGAAAUGUUGAACAUGAUAGUGCACCUACUUAUGAAUAUGUGAAACUCAUCCUAACUGUACAAGAUAUUUUAAAUGAACCUUUGAUGCUCUUCAGCAGCUUCUUCCCCAGCCAUGCCUAUGCUGAGUCAUCUCCUACAUAUCUUCCUCUGGAGGAUCGGUUUUACCUGGUGGGGUCCAUCUUUCUCUUCAGGGCUCAGACCCUACGGGAACUUUUCACUGUAAAGAAAGCUGAGGAAGAGGUUCUGCUGAUACAAGACUCCGAUGAGGAAGCUGUAUCUCCGGAGCACAGAAGCCAGGGCCAAAAGAGAAGUUCUAGAAUGGAAUUGCUUUGUGCUGAAUCUGCUGUUGCUGCUGCUGCUGCCUCAGAGGAUCAAGUUGAUAUUGGAACAGUUGAGCAGUAUGGCCCCCAAGAGUCUGAUCAUGUAAUUAGGAUAGAAUCUGAUACAUCUUAUGAUUCCAGCACAUCGUCCCUGGAAAGCAUACUGGCAUCACCAGUUGCAUCAUCUUCGCAGAGCUUUGAAUUCCAGCCGGCGGUGGAACAGGUGUCUGAUGUGGAUGAGGUACAGCCGGAGGACGAGCUGGAAGAGGUGGACUGGAUGGAGCAGAUGGAUGAGGUGGAUGAGGUGGGACAAGUAGAUGAAGAGGAAGAGGUGGAGCCGGUGGAGCAGAUAGAGGAGCUGGAGCAGGAGGACCAGGCGGACCAGGCUGAGCAGGAGGCUAGCUCACCCUCCAGUGCAGCUGCUGGCAUCAGUGAUGAGUCAAUACAACUACCGCCAUCAAUUAUGUCAUACAUCAACAAGCGGGAGCUGGAGCUGAUGAAAAAGUUCAGGGAGCAGCUGGAAGAGCAGACACGGAUGCUGCAGGCUGACAUCCGAAGCCAGUGGGAUGCACUGGAAAUGAUGAAGGAACAGCUUCAGAGAAUACAGGAAUCUACCUUUCAGAUGCAGCCAACCAUCUCACACCACCUUGACCAUCCUGAGUUCCAGUCUUUGGAGCCAGUGCUCAAGAAACAACGCACUGAGCAAAUGAAGGAGUCCCUCCCAGACCUCAAGGAGAUCAACCUUUCCUGUGGUUCAUGUUCACCCUGCUCUUUCAAAUUCUCGGAGGAGCUGGAGGAGACUUGUGAUGACUCCAACCAGCCACUGCUGGAGGGGCAGGACCUGUUCCUGCAGCAGCCGUUGCAACAGGCACAGGACCAGCUUCUGUCAGAGCAGCAGAUGCAGGAGCAGCCCCAGCCGCCGAGCACCGGGGUGGGAAGGCAGAAUCUGCAGAUAUACCUGCCAGGCCGGGCCAGCGUAGCUGUGCCCCUCUGUGAGGACCACAUGACGUUCGUGCACACCCAGCCCAUUGUUCCUGUCCAGUUAGCAGCUGGACAACAGCCCUCUGGCUGUUAUCAAGGCGAUGCUCUGCGGGACAAAGAAGAUGACAGCCCUAGUUUUGUUCCUGAGGAGCAGCAGAAGGUGUCCAUGGUAUAUAGCCCGGGCUCUGACACAGUUGCUUCUACCAGCUUUCCUCAGUCUCCCAUACAUUCUGACUCCAGCUUAGUCACUCUGGAGACCCCGCAGGAUUAUAUCCAGCUUUGGCGACAGCCACCAGAUUCACAGCAUCACCUUUACCUCCAAGUGAAUACUUGGACUUCCAGUGAGCAGAACAGCCUGCAGGACCAAGCUACCUGGCCCCAGGUGCCAGCUCCUCAGGCAAAUCCCGAGGCUUUCCAGAACCCUGAAGAAUACUCACCAGACCAUAUCAGCUAUUUUAUGUCUGCCGAGCAGUCUAGCUCAGACGAGAACCAGCACCAGCAAUACUUUCAUACUGAACCUUGAGAGAAGAGGGAAAGACAGGCCAAUGAGGCCUGCAUGGCCAGGGGACCUCCAAGGCUCACAGAGUCCCCUGGAGUAGGGGUUGGGGAGGGGGAGGUGGAUAUUUUCUUUUCUUUCCUGAUAAGUUCUGUUUGGGAUUGUCGAGCACAACCCAUUUCUUGGAAGAGGCAGCCUGUGAUCUCCAGUGUGCUGAUGUGUGACAGCAGCCAGGCCCCAGCAGGAGACUGCGGUCCCUUACCUUCUUGCCUGGCCUUGCACACACCUGUUCUACCAUGGGUGAGCAGGCUGCAGAGUCUACUCAAGUUCAAAUACCGUUUUUUGUUUUUGCUUUUGUUUUCUGCUGAGAAACAUUUUCCAGCAUGGUUUAUAAUCUAGUAGGAAGCUGUUUUGUCUUAAGCCACAGUCAUGCUGGGGAAAUCACAGGGAACAGAAUUCCAAUGGUGGAAAGCUGAAAUCAGAUGAACACAGGUGCUUUGUACUAAAUCACAGCUCCAGUGCUUAAUAAAUAUCUUUCAUUGCAA